AUGUCUAUUCAUCUGUGGGGAGGGACUUUUGACGCCGAGUCGAUUGCCAUUGCGCAGUUUCUGGCGGCUCAUGGCGGCCAUAUCGAUAUUCAGCUCAACUACGACUCCAACUACCUGCUUUCUCCUAAUGGAAAACUGCCCUUGUUGAAAGACGGAAGCCUUCUUUUACAAGGUUACAAGGAGAUAGUCGACCAUUUGAGCACAAAAUUCCAUCUUUUUGAGUACUCCACCGAGACAAAUCUUCUGGACCAAGGACUGAUCGAGCAUCUGUUGAAAUCCAUGGAUAUCGUCACCUCUUACAAUUACUUUCUCAAUAAGGUUAACUACGACAACUACACAAGGGGUGUUUUCAAACAGCUACUCCCGUUCCCGUUCCAGUACAAGCCACCGCUGAAUUUGAAGUCCGCUGCGUUGGCUACGUGCGAGACCGCAGGCAUUUCGUCGUCAGAAGACUCCGACCAGCUGCUCCAACUGAAAGAACGUCAAAAGAGCCUAUUGGAGACUCCGGUACUGUCGAACUUUGACAAGUCAAAACGAGACGCCUCGCUCAAACAGGUGCUCUACGAAAUGGACAUUCUUACUAAUAUGCGGUGUAUCACCAUGUUGGAAGACACUAUUAAGCUGGUGACCGACCUGCAGUUACCACAGGAUUCGUCGUCCAUGAUCCUUUUCCAGGCGUACAUUUUGAGCAACACAAGUCCAAACUUGAAGGCGGAUUUUGUUGCCCAGUAUUUGCAACGAAACCACCCUAACUUGGUGCCAUCGCAGCCGUUUACCGACCAAAUUCCCGACAUCGUGUCUUUCACUCAGGCGUGCCGGUCUCUCGCACAGAAUUACCUCUAA